CAUAACUGUGAAUAUGUGGCUUCCCCUCCCUUUGAGGGCGUGGACCACAGCUGGGGGCGGUGAUGGGGAACAACGUGCUCUGUGUGUACAAGCAGUAGCGACAAGACAACAAGCCAGUCAGACUUCAGGCAACCAGAACAUCACAGAUCCCUCUCACGUUUCGAACAGAGUGGUGACCAAGAGGACGACCUGCUGAAGAUUUCAAAGAAAACCGUUUCUGACAUGCACUUUGAUAAAUCGCCAAAAGAGAAGCCGUGUUGCACUCUGCCCACAGUGAAGAAACUCUUGGAAGAGAAGAGAAGGCGUGAGACGUCCGCUGUGCCACCCUCCUGCUCUGCAGCCAGCACAAGUCCUGUUCCCACAACCACUGUUACACAGUUGUCAGCAUCAGAAGCAUUUACCUGCACAGGUGCAUCAAGCAGCUACUCAGACAUGGCAGUGAGCUAUGAGCAGUGGCCUCCAGCACCAGAGUCUACUCUGAAUUACUACUCCAACCAUCCAGGAUCCAGCUAUGCUGCUGCCUACAACCUUCCAAUGACAUCUGAAUACAGCACACAGCAGCAGCAAGUCCCCGCAUUUGGAGAUACAAUGCCUCAGACAUAUGAGAGCCAGAUGGCAGUUGCUGAUCCUAGUAUGGCUUCGUCUUGGUCACUUCUGGGUCCCAGCCAGUCCACGCAGUUGAGUUUUGGUUCAUCGAUAGAUUCAACCAAGCUGGAAGAGGCCAGGAUGCUGCUCAGUAACAUGGACUACAGCAGAGCUACCAGGCAGGAUGAAGACGGAGACACCAUCCUCCACAUCUACACUGCCAAAGGGCUCAGGGAGUGUGCCUUUGCUGCUGCAGAGAGGCUGAGGGAUGUAGGCAGGCUGGAUGCCAAAGAACACAAGGGAAAGACUGCAUUACUGGUGGCAGUGACAGCAAACCAGCCAGAGAUUGUACAAGAUCUGCUAUCACUGGGAGCGGACAUCAAUGCCUGCGAUGUCAAAGGACAAACUGCCCUUCAUCUGGCAGCCCACUAUGGUUUACCUGUGGUUCUGCAGGCAAUUCUGUCUAGUAGGCCUGCUGUCAACCUGGAGGCCCGCAAUUUUGAAGGUAUGACUCCUCUGCACUGUGCAGCCAUUUCUCACAGCGCCACCAUGAAGGCGUUGUCCGGCAGUGGGCUGCUAGAUGUCAGUCUUCAGAGCAAGGCAGCGGAGAAGCUCUCCUGUGUGCAGUUGCUUCUCAGUGCCGGGGCUUCCCUGUUCAGCCAGGAAAUCAAAAGUAACAAGACUGUGCUGCAUUUGGCUGUAAAGGAGGGGAAUGUUGAUCUGGUACGUUAUCUGCUGAGGAUUCCCCUGCAGAACAUGAAAGACUUUGUCAACUUGAAAGCUCACGGCCACACAGCUCUACACAUGGCAGCCGGUCUUCAUUGUAACCCCCACCAGGAGGAGAUCCUGCAGCUGCUGCUGAGCAGAGGAGCCGAUCCCAGUAUCCGCAACCUGGAGAACGACCAGCCAGCUCACCUGCUGCAGGGCGGCUCCCAGGGAGAGCGGCUCAAGCUCAUGCUGAAGAAACGAAGCGCUUCCUCUCGUCGACGUAUUGUGUCCUUGCAGGACCAGGAAUGAUUUGAACAACUUGUAACCCCCUUUUGGAGGGAAUGAAUCUUUGACAUGUUGCCUCUGUUGACAAGGGGAUUUAUUGUAAAGUGGUUUUGGGAGCCCCUGGCUUAUUUAUUGGUAUAGUUUGGUCUAUUGAUCUCUAAAUAUAAUUCAUAUUGGAUUAGAAAAACAAGGCUUCAGUGCAUGAAGCUUAAAUUACGUGCGAUUUAACGUUUGUAGAAAUAUAGUGCUUUAUUUAUUUUUCUUUGUACCGGGUAAAAUAUUGAUGUGUAGGUGAAGCAUUUCAUUCCAAAAUGUGAUAUCCUCCAUUGAACCUUUUCACAAAAAAAAAAAACCCCAAACAAAACAAAUUGGCAUGUCUAGUCCAGUUUAUUUCACUUUAGAGAUUCUUUGUGGAUUUAUUUUGGCCAAAAUUGAUAUUUAACAUUUUGAAAUGAAA